UAAUACUAUCCUUCACUCUCAACUCAAAGUGAGAGAGUCUAGAUCUAAAAUCUCAAAACAAUACAAAACGCAUCUCUAAUCUCAAUUAUUCCAUUAUUCCUCAAACUCAAUUCAACUUCAUCCCUUCCACUUCAACCUUUCGUAGGGUUAGGGUUAGGGUUGACCUUCAAAAAUGGCGGUUUCCGAUGGCGUUGUGAAGAAGGUUAUCCUCUCAUACACCUACGUCGCAAUCUGGAUCUUCCUCAGCUUCACCGUUAUCGUUUACAACAAAUACAUCUUAGAUCGUAAGAUGUACAAUUGGCCUUACCCGAUCUCUCUAACCAUGAUUCACAUGGCUUUUUGUUCUUCCCUCGCUUACGUUCUCGUUCGUGUUUUCAAGCUUGUUGAACCUGUUUCAAUGUCACGCGAUCUGUAUCUCAAAUCCGUUGUUCCAAUCGGUGCACUUUACUCGCUUUCGUUAUGGUUUUCGAAUUCUGCGUAUAUUUAUCUUUCUGUUUCGUUUAUUCAGAUGCUCAAAGCGCUUAUGCCUGUUGCUGUUUAUUCGAUUGGUGUUUUGUUUAAGAAAGAAGGUUUUAAGAAUGAAACUAUGGCGAAUAUGAUUUCGAUUUCGCUUGGUGUUGCUGUUGCUGCUUAUGGUGAAGCUAAGUUUGAUACUUGGGGUGUUACACUUCAGCUUAUGGCUGUUGCUUUUGAAGCUACACGUUUGGUUUUGAUUCAGAUUUUGCUUAAUUCUAAGGGGAUUUCGUUGAAUCCGAUUACUUCGUUGUAUUACAUUGCACCGUGUUGUUUGGUGUUUUUAUCUGUUCCUUGGCUGAUUGUUGAGUAUCCUUCGUUGAGGGAUAACUCGAGUUUCCAUUUGGAUUUCGCGAUUUUUGGGACAAAUUCGCUGUGUGCUUUUGCUUUGAAUCUUGCUGUGUUUUUGUUGGUUGGGAAGACGUCGGCUUUGACUAUGAAUGUUGCUGGGGUUGUUAAGGAUUGGUUGUUGAUUGCAUUCUCGUGGUCGGUGAUUAAGGAUACUGUGACACCGAUUAAUUUGAUUGGUUAUGGGUUGGCGUUUUUGGGGGUUGCGUAUUAUAAUCAUUCGAAGUUGCAGGCUCUUAAGGCCUCCGAGACGCAGAAGAAGGCUCAACAGAGUGAUGAAGAAGCUGGAAGGUUGUUGGAACAGAGAGACGGAGAAGGGACCGGAAGGAAGAGCGACAGCCAGAACUGAUUCAACUCGUCGAUCUCAUUUUUGAAUACAAAAUUUGUUACUUUUGGAUGAUGCACAAUUUGUUUUUGGGUAUAUGUGGUGGUGUGAUGUACUACUAUUAGGUAAUUUAUUAAUUAUUGUUACUAGUAUUAUUAUCUUUAUUUUUAUGUUACUUUACUUCUGCCUGUUUCAUUUCAGUUUUUUGGUUCAUAGUAGUUGUGUAUUGUGUCUGAGAUUGACUUUUGUCUCGUAUAUGCUGAUUCAGUGUAUCGUAUUUAUGAUUAGAUAAUGAAUUUAGCUUCCUUGAUGCUAUGAAAA